AUGGCUAUCAACAAUCCUUUGGCUUUUACUUUUGGCUUAGGUAACAUCACUUCCUUCAUGGUGUUUUUGCUGCCAACGUUUUACAAAAUAUACAAAAAGAAAUCAACUGAAGGUUUCCAAUCAUUGCCUUACUUGGUGGCAUUAUUCAAUUGUGUGCUAUGGUUAUCCUACGCGUUUGUCAAAAAAGAUGCUUUUCUCCUUCUUUCAAUUAACUCAACUGGAUGUUUCAUAGAGAUUAUCUACAUUAUCAUGUACAUAAUCUAUGCUCCUGAGGAUGCCAGGAUCUUAACCAUUAAACUAUUUGUGGCGAUGACCGUGGUCUCCUUCGCCCUUAUCUUCUGCACCACAUAUUUUGCUCUACAUGGUUCCCUCAGUGUGCAAGUCCUUGGAUGGAUUUGUGUCGCAAAAGCAGUGAGUGUCUUUGCAGUACCUCUAAGCAUUGUGGCACAGGUUAUUCGAACAAAGAGUGUACAACUUAUGCCUAUAACUUUGUCAUUUUUCCAGACAUUAAGUGCCACAAUGUGGUUUACACAUGGUCUCUUGCUGAAGGACAUAUGCAUUGCUCUCCCAAAUGCGUUGGGUUUUGUUCUGGGGCUAGUUCAGAUGGUGCUAUAUGCUAUUUACAGGAAUGCUAGUUCCCAAUCCCAGUGGCUCAACUCGACGAGAAAACAACCAAGAUCACAAGUUCCAUUAGCUCCAAGGAAAACGAUAGACCAAUAA